AUGGCAACGGAUGAAGAGAUCUAUAGGAUCAAGUCGAUGCAAGAUGAGAAAAAGUCGUUGGGCGAAAAAGUGUCAAGUAAGGAGGAAAAAUUUGCGACAGUAGCGCUGAGCAGGUCUUCCGCAAUCAACAGCCAGAACACGGACAUAGAGGAGGCCGGUGGUGAGGACGUGGAUCCCGAGGAAGGGCAUUACAGGGACACCAAAGUCAAGAGGGCAUUGAAGCAGAGACACCUUGGAAUGAUUGCUCUUGGGGGCACUAUUGGAACUGGUCUUUUUGUCGGUAUAGCGACGCCUCUGCACAACGCGGGACCCGUGGGGACCUUGAUUGCGUAUCUGUUCAUGGGUACGGUGGUGUAUUUCGUCACGCAGUCGCUGGGGGAAAUGGCAACGUUCAUACCGGUGACGUCGUCGAUCACGGUAUUUUCCCGGAACUUUCUCUCGCCAGCCUUCGGUGUGGCCAACGGCUACAUGUAUUGGUUUAACUGGGCGAUCACGUUUGCCGUUGAAAUAUCGGUUGUGGGACAAGUUAUCCAGUAUUGGACCAUGAGCGUACCUUUGGGAGCAUGGAUUGCAAUCUUUUGGGUCUUUGUUUCGCUUUUAAACUUUUUCCCAGUUAAAGUUUACGGUGAAAUUGAAUUUUGGGUUGCGUUUGUUAAAGUUGUGGCCAUUGUUGGUUAUUUGAUAUAUGCGUUGGUCAUUGUCUGCGGUGGCUCUAGUGAGGGUCCGAUCGGGUUCCGCUAUUGGAGGAAUCCUGGACCUUGGGGGCCCGGCAUUAUUACCUCGAAAACGGGCGAAGGGAGAUUUUUAGGUUGGGUUUCUUCCUUAAUUAAUGCUGCAUUCACCUAUCAAGGAACAGAGUUGGUUGGUAUCACGGCUGGUGAGGCUGACAAUCCAAGAAAAUCUGUUCCAAAGGCUAUCAACAAUGUCGUACUCAGAAUUGCUUUGUUCUACAUUUUGUCGAUUUUCUUUGUAGGUCUACUGGUACCUUACAAUGAUCCAAGGUUGUCCGAUUCCUCUGCUAUAAUUGCAGCAUCGCCUUUUGUUAUCUCCAUUGAAAAUGCCGGUACAAGAGCUCUACCCGAUAUUUUUAAUGCAGUGGUUAUGAUCACGAUCAUUUCAGCAGCAAACUCAAACGUUUAUGUCGGAUCUCGUGUGUUAUAUGCUUUGGCACAAAGUGGCAAUGCUCCAAAACAGUUUUCUUAUGUCACAAAACAGGGUGUUCCCUAUUUGGGCGUAAUUGCAACUAUGCUUCUCGGUCUACUUGCAUUUUUAGUUGUCAACAACAAUGCCAACACAGCGUUCAAUUGGCUAAUAAAUAUCUCCACUCUGGCUGGUUUAUGUGCAUGGCUAUUUAUAUCGUUUGCGCAUAUAAGGUUCAUGCAAGCACUAAAGUAUCGCGGUAUAUCCCGUGACGAUUUGCCUUUUAAAGCUAAAUUUAUGCCUUGGGGUGCAUAUUAUGCUGCUUUCUUUGUUACAAUAAUUAUUUUUAUCCAGGGUUUCACUGCAUUUUCACCUCAUUUCGAUGUAUCAGAGUUUUUUACAGCCUACAUUUCAUUGAUCCUCCUGGUAGUCCUUUUCUUGGGUUGCCAAUUGUACUAUAGAUGCAGAUUUAUUUGGAAGGUUGAAGAUAUUGACAUCGAUAGCGAUAGACGAGAAGUUGAAGCCAUUGUUUGGGAAGAUGAAGAACCUAAAAAAUUCUGGCAAAAACUCUGGGCUGUAAUCGGCUAA